CCCCCCCAAAAAAAAAAAAAAAAAACCCAGAGAGAGAGAUCAUAGAUUAAUAUAGGAGAAGAAUGUAGGUCAAAUUACUGUGUGCAUCUUGACUCAGUAAUGUGAAUGCGCUCUCUCUAUUUUUCCCUUCAUAAAUGUAGUAUUAGUUAUUUCACUUUACAAACGGGGAAAUUAAACAAAGUGUUUAUUCCCCUGUGUGUUUGUGUAUGUUUUGUGGCAUGGGGAGUUCCCACCAACUGGAGGCUGGGUCUCCACUGUACUCAAUCUCUGGUGUCACUUUACAGUUGUCUAAAAGGGAAGUUAGAGGGGGGGGGUGUGUGGGAUGUAUAUUCUUUGUUUCACUCUCAGCCUCUUCGGCAUUUAGUUUUGAGCUUCAACGAGGGUGACAUCUCUCUCUUUUUCUCUCUCUUACUUGCUCUCUAAUUUCACCACAAUUCUUUUCAGCUAAAGAAUGAAAGGACCGGAGCUUGUAGAUUUGACGAGUCGUUUUCGAUUCGCUGAAUCGUGUUUGGGUUUAGUGGGCUGCAUAUGCAUCAGUUAUGCUGUUUGGACCCCUGACUGGUUGGAUGAAAAGGGACUGUGGUCCAGGGGAAACGAGUCCAAUCCAGCUGUCAGCUGGACACAAGGGCAUGCAAUCCAAGGUCUAGGGCCUCAAAACGUGUUUGCUGCCCUUUCUUUCCUCAUGGCUGUAAGCUCUGGAAUUCUGUGUCUCCUGUUUGCAUUCUGCUGGACGUCAAAGACCGUGCUCUCUUACUCCAACACACGCUCGCUGCUGAUGGCAGGCCAGGCACUUUACCCCACCACCCUUCUGCUCAUCACACUGCUACCGACAGGGUUUUUCUUUCUCCUAAGUUGGGCGCUCUUCACCAGUCAACAUAUUGCUUAUAUCCGAGAUGACCUGACACGCCUGGGCUCUUCCUAUUGGCUGGGUGCUGUGGGCUGGGCUCUGCUGUUGGCUGUUUUGCCAGUAGUGUUCCUGGUGGAGCAGUGUGUUGUACCUGACAUACUGCCCGAGCUGAAGAAGAAGACUGAGUUGUGGUGGAAGGGAUUCGAGGUGGCACACACACGCUCGUUCAGUGACAGCUACCAGCACAGCGCUGAACACUUUAACCAUGAGUUCAAGAGAUACACGUCCAUGCCAUAAGGGAGACAGCAGCAUCAAAUAUCAGUGCUGUUUAAAUAUCUUCACUGUUCAGCCACUGAAAGGCUGAGUGUGGGUCCAUAGCCAGGUGACCAAGAAUCUUGUGUCCUUUGCACACAGGAAGCUGCCUAAGGGUUCACUCAGCUUGAAGAUACAUGGAUUUUUCCAUUACAGAGGCUCAGAAGGCUAUGGCUAAAUUAUUGCACUUUACAGAGGAACUGUCAGAAGUAAUAGCCUGAAGAAAAAAAAAUGAAUCAUAUUCAUUUGCAAGCAGACAUUACAAGACUCUGUUGCUUUCAAUUUCUCUAUCAAACUUUUAUUAUGCACAUUCAGUUUCACAGAUUACUGAAUUAAGUACACAUUACUAUAACUUAGUGUAAACUUGUUUUAAAGGAGAAACCCACCUGAAAUACAUAUAUGUUUAUAAAAUAUGUUUAUAUUGAAAUGUGUGAUGUGCUUAGUGAUUGAGGUGUUAAUUUAUUAAUUUAUUGGUUGGUGCUAUAUUUUCAUUGUUCCUGUGAGAAGUUAGCAUUGUGUGCAGUAAUGACAUCACAGGGGGACAUUGCUAACAAAGUUACAAUGACGUUUAAUAGGGGAAAAAUUCCAGUUACAGUAGAGACUUGUCACACAUUGAUUAUAUGUACUAUAUUAUGAAAGUCAUUAUGCAAGUCAUUCAGAGUGGAUUUUGCCUUUAAGUGAAUGACUUUCAAACUACAUUUAUACAAUUCAUUCUGAACUCUAAAGGACACCUCAACCAGUCCAAACUUUACUCUUGUAUCUAUGCACCCUUCACUGUACAGUUGUUAUUGAAUAAUUUCCCUUAGGGUACAUAAGUGACUAGUAAGCAGGGAACAUUUAGUACAUUUUGUAAUUUGGUGCAUAUAUUAAUAAUAAUAAUUAUUAUUAAAUGAAUAAUACAGAGAGAAAGUUUGUAGUUUUAACCUUUGGCCAAAUCUUAGUAGCUUGAUUGUCAUGAAUGUUUUCAUAUGAUAUCAUGGUUAGGAAUUGCCAUACCAGGGCUAAAUGAUUGGUGGCACUAGCACCCUCAUAUGGUUUGUCUGUGUUACAACAUGCCCCAAAGUAAGUUUCUGACUAUUGUAACAUGCAAUAAUCAAAUGUCUUAAAUCAAUUCAUUAUUCACUUUUGGAAUUUAGUCAUUUGCAAUGAUAAUACAGUUUAUAGUAAUUAUAUGUAAACACAGUAAAUAAUAAAAUAAAUAUACCCAAUAUACUGUACUCAUGCUUUUAUUAAGUGUGAUAAUAAAAAGUGUUGAGCGUUACAAAACGGGACAGGAGCAGAAGCAGGUGCAUUUAAGCAUCUUUAUUUUGAAACUUUAAUCAAUAAACAGGAAACACGGUCUCUACUGGACAAGAUUAGCGGGUUAUACAUAAAACAGAAGUCAAGGCAUUGAACGAGAACAGGACACGGAACUAAGACCGCUUGGCAUGCGUAACGUCUUCACCAUUACACUCAAAGGUUCAAAUAAUACUGCGUUCAAAGUACAACGUAACACGAUGGGUUUAAAUAGCAAACACAAUCAAACUAAAACAUAGACACCUGGGGCAAAUAUAGACACACCCUCGAACAUAAACCAAUACCUGAACAGGAAGAGAACAAAACCAAAACAAAGGCACGUGUCCAUAUUAAACAGUCUUCUCUACGUAAUCUCGUGCACACGCGUGCUCUGCAGCAGUCUGUGCACUUCGACGCCGUAGCGCCAUCUGCCGGUGGGAGCGUAACAUUGUGUCUGAUUAUUUUUGCUAGUUUUCUGCUUAUUACUUUCAGUCUUAUUUAAUGUGAGUACUAUAUUUUUGGCCUGUUUGAUCUUUUUCAAAUUUAUAUGAAUUUCUCAAUAUAUCUGGUCCAAGUCAACUCAAGUCAUCAACUAAUGUCACUUAUAUUUACUCUUAUUGGGCUUAUUAAAACUCUAUGUAACAUGGACAGGUAUUAAAGGAACCUAAUCUAUUUUUGUGAACACCACUCACAUUUCUCUAUACUGAGAAGAGUAAGAGGGGAAGUUGCUGAUGAGCCCAACACUUCCCUUUAGACUUCCACUAUAAGAAAGAUUUGAAUAAACAGGUUUUCUGCCUUUAUCUCAGUACAACCAUGUUCAUGGGAUUUGCCCACACACUUCAGGAGUAGUAGAUAAUUAUUAUAAAUGCUAGGACGCUAGCCAGCUAGCCAGGCUGUACACAUGCAUACUGAAACAUACUCUGACUUUUAUUUUUACAUUAUAUUUUCUUAAUUAGUAUUUACUGGGUAUGAAGAAUGUGAGGAAUGCUGUGCUGUGGAUAUUUUGCCCAAGACUACCGCCAGAUGGAUGGAGCAUGAGUGAUGCUGUGAGAGAUGGAGACAAGAGAGAGGAUGUUGCUGAGCUCGUGUACUUUCUGAUCCCACUAAAGUGGAGAAGAAUAAACAGGGUCUGGCUCUGUGAAGUGUGCAUUAGGUGCAGCACUAAUUAAAAGACAGUUCCACUUGUUAACAAUGGCUAAUGAGUUUGUAUUCGAUUUACAGAUGGCCCUUUUCAAUUUACCAACACGAAAACACCUAAUUGGCAUUUGAACGGGAGUCUGUCCUUGAAGGUCAUACAGCAGGGUGCUUUAAUGUGCACUAAAUGGCAAAACAAACUACUUAAAAGUGAGCAUCAAAGCCAAAAACCUUACCACUGACCCCUCUCUUAUUUCUCAUGGCUUGACCCUAAAUGUGUCCUCUGUAAUUUAUAGCCAUGGAUCCUCUCUAGUGUAAACCAAAAAUUCU